AUGGCCUCAUCAGAAGAGGAUUUCUCCUGUCCUGUGUGCUGUGAAGUCUUUAAAGAUCCUGUUCUCCUGUCCUGUAGUCACAGUGUGUGUAAAGUCUGUCUGCAGCAGUUCUGGAAGAAUAAAACUUCCAAAGAGUGUCCAGUCUGCAGGAGAAGAUCUUCAAAGUCCAAUCCUCCCCUUAACCUUGUGUUAAAGAACCUGUGUGAGGCUUUUCUACAGGGAAAAUUUGGAAAAACUUCAUCAGGGUCUGAGGAGCUCUGUGGUCUGCACAGUGAGAAACUCAAACUCUUCUGUCUGGAGGAUAAACAGCCUGUGUGUCUGGUGUGUCGGGAUUCAGAAAUACACACAAACCACAAAUUCCGUCCAGUCAACGAAAUUGCUCCUGUUUACAGGGAAGAGCUGAAGACUGCAUUGAAGCCCCUGCAAGAGAAACUGGGAAUCUUUCAUAAAGUAAAACUGACCUGUGAUAAAACAGCUGAGCACAUCAAGACUCAGGUUCAGCAUACAGAGAGACAGAUUAAGGAGGAGUUUGAGAAACUUCACCAGUUUCUACGAAAUGAAGAGACAGCCAGGAUAACUGCACUGAGAGAGGAAGAGGAGCAGAAGAGUCAGAUGAUGAAGGAGAAGAUUGAGGAGAUGUGUAGAGAGAUUUCAUCUCUUUCAGACACAAUCAGAGCCAUAGAAGAGGAAAUCAAAACUGAAGACAUCUCAUUCCUGAACGUGAGAAACUCUUCACCCUCCAUCAUUACCACUUUCUCUAUCUGUUGCACAUUGCAGGAUCCAGAGAUGCCUUCAGGAGCACUGAUCAAUGUGGCAAAGCACCUGGGCAACCUGAAGUUCAGAGUGUGGGAGAAGAUGCAGGACAUUGUUCAAUACACUCCUGUGAUUCUGGAUCCCAACACUGCAGCACCACGACUCAUCCUGUCUGAGGAUCUGACCAGUGUGAGAUACAGUGAUGAGAAACGACAGAUUCCUGAUCAUCCAGAGAGAUUUGAUUGGCAUCCAUGUGUCCUGGGCUCUGAAGGCUUUAACUCAGGGACACACUGCUGGGAUGUUGAUGUUGGGGACAAUGCAAACUGGAUCCUGGGUGUGACCACAGAGUCAAAGCAGAGAAAGGGAAAGACGUUCUUUUACACUGGUGUCUGGUGUGUUGGGUGUACGGACGGUAAUUACAGGUCAUGGGCCUCAGGAGGGUCAUCUACUCCACUGAGAGUGAAUAAUAAACUCCAGAGGAUCAGAGUGGAACUGGACUGGGACAGAGGAAAACUCUCAUUCUCUGAUCCUCUAAAUAACACACACAUACGCACCUUCACACACACUUUUAAUGAGAGAAUGUUUCCACACUUCUAUAGUCACUGUAAACUCUCUCCUCUGAGGGUCUUACCUGUGAAGUGUUGUGUAACAGUGGAACAGCACACUUAG